AUGGACUCUAAGCCAAAGAAAUCUGGCAUUGCCAUUCAAUCAUCUGCUCCCUUGUAUGCUCAGAGAAAUCAUCAUCACGCUGUAUCCACUGCUAAAGAGCACGUACAAGACCAUGAUCAUGGUGUAGACGAGAAGGAGAUCCAUGCGCAAACGCCUCUUACUCCUGGUGAUAUGGACAACUCACCUAAGCAGCAUCAAAGCACUGCUCACAAUCAUUCUCAUGACCACCAUAACGAAGAGCACGGUCAUUUCCACCAUUCGCAACCACAACAACAGCAUUUUCAUAGCCACGCACCAUUAGAUCAUACAACGUACGGCCAUCAUAACCACAGCCACGAUCAUAGCCAUGAUCACCAUGGACAUGAUCACGCUCACGCUCACGCUCAUGCCUUUCCCGCUGUGUAUACUAGACCUUUGCCUACAUGGACGCAGAUCUUCUCCCAUCUGGCACCAGCACAAAAGACGAUAUUUACCUGGUUUGUGCUUCAUUUGGGUAUAGGUAUCUGGCUGUAUUGUAUGGGUACCAAUAGAGAAAGCCUAUCCUUGAUUGGAUUUGCUUAUUUGAUGAUUUUUGAUGCGUUGGGCGUACUCAAUUCAUUCAUCUCUAGCAUAUUGAGGACAAAUGCUGCUUUUGGCAUCUCUAAUACAAAGAGACCAUAUGGUGCACAUCGUUAUGAAAUUGUCUUUGCCUUGGGCACUACAAUAUACCUCAUGUUUGCCACUAUGCACAAUACAAAAGAAUCGCUGGAGCAUUUCCUGUUGCAGGAUCAUCAUGGUGUAGAAAUCCAUGAUACCGAAGAGCAUCAUUUACAGUUUAGCCUGGGCAUGUUCUUUCUCGUAGGUACAGCCAUCACAGCCACCUGUUUAUCCAGCAUCACUCUACGAAAUCACGACAAUUUUGUGCGAUACUUGCGACGACGACCUUCUACCGUGCAUGGAUUCACCUACAAUGUGAUCAACAGGGCCAGAGGAAAUCCCAUCCAUGCUCUGCUAUCCAACAUUUACUCCAGCUUGAUUGUGCUGUGCGGAUCCGUCAUCCUGUUAACCUACAUGUUUGGCAUAGCAACACCAUUUGUCGACAAGUUCCUUGCCUUGUCUGAAUCCGUUGUCAUGUUUUACUUGGGAUUCCCAACAGCCAAAGCUUUGGCUAAAGUAUUACUGCAGACAACACCCAAUACUGUACAAAAUGGAGUUGAGAACCGUCUUCGGGAAAUCCAGCAGGACCCUCAGAUUUUACAUGUCGAUCGUGUUCAUUUUUGGCAAACAACAUAUGGUAAAUGUGUUGGCACCAUAGAGAUCCAAGUGAGACCCGAAGCAGAUGAACAGGCCAUUCUUCAGUUGGUGUAUCAGAAAUUAGAAGGCUUAACAAGCAGUGAUGUGAAUUCAGAUGAACACGGUGGCAGUGAACUCACUGUGAGCAUUCUCAAAUAG